AUGAAUGAUAUUACUUUUGACCCUCGCACCUCGACCAUCUACCGUUUCAUGCCUACGUAUGAAAAUAAGACAGAAGAAUUUGUCUUUGAAGCUGAAGAAGAGUACCAGCUGUGGGUCACAAACAACCCAGCUUGCCAUGCCAACUGGGUCGUUAAAAACAGCAACAAGUCGAAGAGAAAGGUUCCUGUUGUUGCUUUAAUCGAUCCCAAUCUGAUCAAAGUAACUCAGUAUAUUAAAUGCAAUCAUUCUGGCACAAAGGCAGAGAGUUUGAAGAAGCAAGCAGUUGAAAAUGAUGAGCUCCCUGUUGUUAAGCGUAGAAAUACCACGGGUAACAGCAUCAAGGUGGGAUGCUUGGCUGCUUUAGUUGUUAAGUUCUUUAAUGGCAGUAAAAUCAAUGAACAUGUUGAGAAAAACCUUGACUGGAAUGCCAUUAAGGGACUUCUAAGACUAGAAGAUGUAAAACUAGAAGAGAUGGAGAACUCUACGUCAAUGACAUCUAUUCCUUCUGCAAUGAUGAUACAGUAUAAAGAUGUUCAUAAUGCGAUUGUAGCUAGAAUCAACAACAGUGCUAGAAAGCACUACAAAGAUGAGAUAAGUACUGAAAGAUGGAUUGCUUUCCUUCAAGAAAAGGGCUACCAAACUAUGUUUGACACAUAUAAUUCUGUUGGGCCUCUUCUUUCUUUCCUUAACAACAAGGACUGUUAUUUGAUGUCUGUGGUCGUAUACAACCCUGUAACUAACAAGGGAGUUCCAGUUGCUUUCUUUGUUAUCAGCAUCGAAUGUAGUUAUACCAUUGCAAGAUGGUUGAACUGGUUGAAAGACACCAAUAGCUUGAAGGUCAAACGGAUCAUGAUUGACUGUAGCCCAAUAGAGCAGAAGGCUAUCUGGGAUACAUUUGGACCUUCAGUUCAAAUUCUUUUGUGUCAUUGGCAUAUCAAACGUGUUUUGGAAAGUCAUGUCAAGAAGGUGACAAUCCCCAAUGCUCACCUUGAGACCAAGAAUGUCCGGGCCAACAUUCGUGCUGCAUUGAACUUGAUAAUGCAUAGCAAUAAUGAAGCCGACUGCAAUGCUCAUUGGCAAAAGUUCAGAUUAGACUAUGGCAUGCAGUUUCCUGUCUUAAUGUCUUAUAUGGAGGAUGCUGUAUGCCAUACAAACAAUUUGAUAGAGUCUUAUUAUAACCAACUAAAGUCCUUUUAUUUAGGCCAGUCUUGUGACUGUAGAAUUGACAAGAUUGUAUAUAUACUUUCUCAGUUAGCUGAGAGAGAUUACCGUCAGGAUACUCUUGAGACCUAUUUUGUUAUUAAGAGCAUCAGGCUUAGUGUGGCUGACACAGAACAAAAGAGAAAGGCCAGUGUUAUUGCUAUCGAAAGAGCAAAUGGCCUGGUUGAAGAAGUUGAACUGCAAGAAUUGCAAGCAUACAAGAUGUAUUCUUGCAAAUAUUUUGGAGAGGGUUGUGAACUGGUAUACUUUAUCAAGUUCACAACCCACUUACAUGAUUGCUCUUGCCCAGACUCUGCUAGAUUGUGCAAACAUAUCUUCUUGGACUCUCGAGUUUUUGACCUGCCAGUGACAGUAAGACGAAAUGUCGUACUGGAUUCAGCUGCGUUGUUUGGCCUUGGUGAAAACGAUAGCAAUAUUAUUUCAGAAGAUAAUAUUGCCUUGUUGGAAAACCAAAUGAGCAAAGAUGAGCAGAAAGCAAAUCUUCUGCUUAUGAAUGAAAGUUUGUAG